UCUCUGGCCAUCAAAAAGCCUCUGACGCAAAAACGGAAGCUGCGCAUCUAUACUUCCAAUACGUUCAGUCCCAGCAAGGCAGAAGGCGAUACUGCGGGCACCGCGGGGCCCCCUGGGGGAACCCCUGCAGGGGACAAGGUGGCUUCCUGGGAACUCCGAGUGGAGGGAAAACUGCUGGAUGAUCCUAGCAAACAGAAGAGGAAGUUUUCUUCAUUCUUUAAGAGCCUCGUCAUUGAGCUGGACAAAGAGUUAUACGGGCCUGACAACCACCUGGUAGAGUGGCACUGGAUGCCCACCACCCAGGAGACUGAUGGCCUCCAGGUCAAACGGCCUGGAGACCUCAACGUCAAGUGCACCCUCCUGCUCAUGCUAGAUCAUCAGCCUCCCCAGUACAAGUUGGACCCCCGACUGGCAAGGCUGCUGGGGGUGCACACACAGACAAGGGCGGCCAUCAUGCAGGCUCUUUGGCUUUAUAUCAAACACAACCAACUGCAGGACGGGCACGAGCACGAGUACAUCAAUUGCAACCGUUACUUCCGCCAGAUCUUCAGUUGUGGCCGACUUCGUUUCUCUGAGAUUCCCAUGAAGCUGGCUGGGUUGCUGCAGCAUCCAGACCCCAUUGUCAUCAACCAUGUCAUUAGCGUAGACCCUAACAACCAGAAGAAGACAGCAUGCUACGACAUUGAUGUGGAGGUAGAUGACCCACUCAAGGCCCAGAUGAGCAAUUUUCUGGCCUCUACCACCAAUCAGCAGGAGAUUGCCUCCCUCGAUGUCGAGAUCCAUGAGACCAUUGAGUCCAUCAACCAGCUGAAGACCCAGAGGGAUUUCAUGCUCAGCUUUAGCACGGACCCUCAGGACUUCAUCCAGGAAUGGCUCUGUUCUCAGCGCCGAGACCUCAAGAUCAUCACUGAUGUGAUUGGGAAUCCUGGGGAGGAGAGACGAGCUGCUUUCUACCACCAGCCCUGGGCCCAGGAAGCAGUGGGGAAGCACAUCUUUGCCAAGGUGCAGCAGCGAAGGCAAGAACUGGAACAGGUGCUGGGAAUCCGCUUGACCUAACCGCUCAGGGAACUCCUCCUCUGCCUGGAAGGGGACCACUCUCUGGGACCACAGACACAUAGGCUAAGGAUGGGGUGAGGGCUCUGUCCUGUUACCCUAUGCUCCCCAGCUAUAGUUUCAUAAAUGUAGUGAUAGGAUUCUUUGUUGCUUUGGUCCCCAAAGCCUUAUACUUACUUCAUACUUUGGCUUUAAAUGGGUUCACAAGAGAUGCCUCCUCUGCUCCCUGCAGGCAGGCAGGCCCAAGUAGGUCCGCUGGAGGCUGUACUUUGACAUUGGCAUGGAGACAUUUCAGAACCAGGCCUGCUGGCUUUGCUUGUUUACAGACCUCCUUGGGGCCAGUGUGAGAGCUGGCUCUGGGGAGCUGGGUGAGGAAGAGGAGCACAGCUCACACUCUUCCUAGCCUUUCUAAACCAAAGUUCUUCGCCAUUCCUACCAGCCCAGCCUUGCUGCCGGUUUUUUCCUUUCCUUUGGGUAUUUGCACUAUGUGGGAAGCAGGUUUUUCUAUGCGGGAGCCACUUUUUUGUACAGGGGUAAGUUGGGGUUUUCAGGGAGUCCUGUUUGGUGCCUCCUUCCGUAUUUUCUUUCCUCAAUCUAUGCAAGCGGCUCUGGCCACCAUCAUCUCCUCGGAUGCCAGAGGGCUGUCACCCUAGCU